AUGGCCGUGCCGACGGAAGACAGAUCCAAGCCGGGCACAUAUUACAAUGACGACCCUUCGUUGCCUCCGCAGGACCAGUCGCCGAUAUCGAAUGGGCAGACCAGUCUCUCCAUCAGACCGCACGACCAGACAAAUACCGACACUUCGUCACCCGCUACACACGAACGCAAGCCUCGCAGCUCGACAGACCCACAGCAUGAGCCCAGCAGCGAGAAGCGGUCAAAGUCGAGCGGGAGGAGACCGAGUGGCCAGCAGAGGACGUGUGGAAAAUGCCAGCGCCAUUUGACUGGCCAGUUCGUGCGAGCAUUAGGAGACACAUACCAUUUGGAGUGCUUCACGUGUCACGAUUGUGGCAAAAUUGUCGCCUCCAAGUUCUUUCCUGUACCGGACCAGCCACCGAACCAGUAUCCUCUGUGCGAGACCGACUAUUUCAAACGCCUUGAUCUUCUGUGCUACGCGUGUCGAGGUGCAUUGCGAGGAUCGUAUAUCACGGCUCUGGAUCGCAAGUACCACAUCGAGCACUUCACCUGCUCAGUAUGUCCGACGGUAUUUGGCGCGCAGGACUCAUACUACGAGCACGAGGGCAGUGUGUACUGCCAUUACCACUACUCGACCAAGUUCGCGCAGAAGUGCAAUGGGUGUCAGACAGCGAUUUUGAAGCAGUUUGUAGAAAUUUUCAGAAAUGGCGUUAACCAGCACUGGCAUCCGGAGUGUUACAUGAUUCACAAGUAUUGGAAUGUGCGACUACAUGCUCCACCUCCGCGAGGCUCGGAAGAGGAGCAGGCGCUGGAAAGGCAGAGACAGCGACAGGUGCAGGAAGAAGGAGAUGCCAGUGAAGAGCAACGGAAAACAGUACGCAACGAAGAAGAAGCCGUCGAGUACAAAGUCCACUGGAUAUGGCAUACCCUGUCAUCUUUCGAAGAACGGUCUGCAACGCGAAUAUCGGACAUGUUACUGCACGUUAGCAACGGCGCAUACAUGGAUGGUGUGGUCGCCGCGAAAAAGUUCAUCACCCACGUGGACCUUCUUUUCAGUGCAGCAGACGAUCUAGAUCACAGGUUACAAGUGCGCCCUGCGAGAGGAGCAGAAGGCGUGCGAACGUUCGAUGCGAUUGUCCACCCUGGAUUGAGCUACAGCAGGGAGGCAAAGCUACUCUGCAAAAAGGUAGUUGCCUUCUUCCAACUCCUAGCCGAGAACCAGGACAAUGGGGUUCGGAGACUGGGCGUCACACAAGAACUCCUAUCUUUGGUCACUGGUCUCGCGCAUUACCUCAAGCUAAUGAUUCGGAUAUGCCUGUCCGGAGCUCUAAAAUUGGAGCGUGAGACUUCCAGCGUCGAAGGACUGGAGAGCUUCCUCGAGGACAUCAGCAAACUGGAUGAGCGGCUGGAUGCUGAAAGUCAGCGGGAUUCCAAAGCCGAUGCUGAGGCUUAUGUGGACAAGAGCGCUGACACCUGCGUGGUCUGCAACAAGGCUGUGGAAGACAAAUGCUAUCGUCGAGAAGGUCGAGUACUGCAUACGCAGUGUGUAAGUUGUGCCAAAUGCGGGAAGGACUCCAGUGAUGACCCGGGAAAUGCACGCUGGAGCGAGCAGACGGAAAGAGUGUGGUGCGAAGCUCACGCUCCAUCAGAUGCAAGAUCAGGUGGCUUCAUUCCAGUCACAAGAUUACAGCAAUAUGUCCACUUGCUACGAGUCGCCCAUGCAAGGCUGCUUGCCACUCUGAGAACCAGUGGUGCGUUGCCACACACCAGCGACGACCCGAACUUGGCUGGAUACAACUCUCGAGAAGGGCACACGCCGUUGAACGAAAAUGAGCAACCAGGCCUCCUUCGCACAAAUACCCGAUCAAGAUCUUAUGGUGGGCGAUCGCCAGGCCAACAAGGCCGAGGAGAACCCAGCUAUGAAGACACGAUGGGUGACAUUCGUCGUCUUAGGAGCACGAGAAUGGACAAGCAUCUGUCUAAUGCCACCAAAAAGGCACGUACAUCGCGAAUCAUUGACGGUCCUGAAGGCAUGCGACCUGGUAGUGCAGACGCAGCCGACAGCAGAAGGCGGCAGAGCGCCUUCCAGAUUGUGGAAGAUCGUGACGGUGCAGGCGACACGGUCUCACAGCUCACGUUUGGCAAGCAAGAUGCCAUGACACUGGACGACAUUCCAAGAAUAGUUCAGGCGCAGCAGACGCGCGAGCAGAGACCCAACGCCUCGAAAUACGCCAGGCAGCAUAUGAUUCCGCAGGAGCCGAAGCCGAGACUCAUCAAUGGCCACACGCGAGACUUCUCGGAUGAAAAGGUUGAGACCAGGCCACCAGGCGCCAAGAAGUAUUUUUCUGAGCUCACUGCCCUUGAGUACUUCAUCGUUCGACAUGUUGCUGUGCUGUCGAUGGAGCCAUUGUUGGAGGGUCAUUUCAAUCAAGAAGAGCUAUUGGACUUGAUUGAGACGAAGAGACCUACCUUCUGGAGCAAGUUUGGCAAAGCAUUCCAAGGCAAAGAGAAGAAGCCCAAGGGUGCCAAGACACAGAUCUUCGGUGUGCCUCUUGAGCAAGUAUUGGAACGCGACUACGAAGACAGCACUGAUGGCGUCGGGCCUGGUUCGCUUAAGAUUCCUUCGGUGGUCCAGGAGUGUAUCAGCGCCAUGAAGAGCAUGGACAUGUCCGUCGAGGGCGUCUUCCGAAAGAACGGAAACAUCAAGCGGCUCAACGAUGCAAAGGAGACUAUUGACACCAAGGGUGCCAUCGACGUCGACCUCACCAAGGAGAAUCCUGUGCAGGUCGCAGCUUUGCUCAAGAAGUAUUUGCGCGAGCUUCCCGACCCGCUGCUUACCAACAAGCUCCAUAAACUUUGGAUAACAUCCCAACGGAUUGACGACAGCGAGCGAAGGCGAAGGGUCUUGCACUUGACGUGUUGCCUUCUACCCAAAGCGCACAGAGACUGCAUGGAAGUACUCUUUACUUUCCUCAACUGGGUGUCCAGCUUCAGUCAUGUGGACGAGGAGAGCGGAAGCAAGAUGGACAUCCACAACCUUGCGACCGUUAUCACGCCGAACAUCCUUCAUGGUGGCAAGGACAACGUACCUGUGGACGAGAGCUUCCUCGCGAUCGAGGCUGUACACAGCUUGAUCGAAUGUAACGAAAGCAUGUGCGAGGUACCGGAGGAUCUUGCGAUGAUUCUCAACGACUCCUCGCUGUUCAGCAACAACGCCGAGAUUACGACGAAAGAGAUCCUCAAACGGUAUGGUGACCGUGCAAGGCCACCCACCGUUAACAGCGGACAGCCAACGGUCACUGCACAGAACGGCAUGACAUCGCCACAGAACACAGCACCCUUGGUGACGAGAGUGGACACAGAUCCGCACCAGCAGAGCGCCUGGCAGAAUGAAAGCUCAGUCAGGCACGUUGGAAGCGAAGCUGAUCAAAUGACACCUCCAAACCUGCCGUAUGCGAAUCCUAACGCGAGCUCAGAAUCGCAUGGCAGUCCAAAUAGGAUGAGCGGGAGGUAUACAGGCCAGCGUGCCAUGAUGACAUGA